AUGACCACACAGACCGUUGGCAAGUUCGACCCAAACACGGCGGAGAACCACCAGGACAUCGAGAAGCAAUUCGCUGUCAAGGCCGUCGAGCACGCGCAGACGUACUGGAAUCUUCUUGAGAAGGUCCAACCAAGAGAGUUGAGGCUGACGCAGUAUGACGACGCCAUCUUCGACCACGCGAAGACUGACUUCCCGGAAUUGUUUGAGAAUGAUUUCGCCAAGUUGAGGAAGAUGGACGAGGACUGGAUGAAGAGCAAAGAGGGCAAGGAGCGCUGGCGCAAGUUCAUGGCACAAUACGAGAAGACCAUCAAGGACCACAACUUUGGCUCCCUGAUUCGCACCGAUGCGGAUGGCGAGUACUCUGAGCGCAACACAAUAUUCGUCAUGCGCAUGCAGUUCUACGUCUUUGAGAUCGCCCGCAACCGCUUAGGUCUGAACGACAAGGCGCACGAGAUCGCCAAGGAGGACGCGCGUAAGGAGGCCGAGGAGAAGGCUAAGCGGAAGGCUGCGAAGAAAGCCGCGAAGGAGAAGGAGGUGGCAUCCGCAUGA